AUGCCCUGGCGGCGUUCUUCUUUUGAGAUAAGAACCGAACGGGCACACGCCUUGAUUCCAUUAUUUAACCAGUUCCCCUCUACCCUUGCGCACCAACUUACAGCCCUCAACGAUGACUUCAAGAUAUCGCUUAUGAAGGCUCCCACCGUUGAGCCUGUGCGGAACUUGAUGGAGACUCUGCCUCCGGGGGUAGACCACCUCAUUAUCGUCUUGGAUUGCUUAGAUAAAUCGAGUUAUCGGCCGGAGCCUCGAGCCGUUCCGGCUCUUGCCCAAGCUAACUACGUCAUCCCAUGUGAAGACGUGGGUCUAAUCGACAAGGAUGAGGCUUCUUCACUAUCCGUAUGGUCGAGGAAGGGCUCCGGGAUUGCAGCAAAAAAUCCGGGUGGAAACCAUCUGAGGAAGAUCUCGACGCCUCUGUUUCGGCUUGUCGUGAACUACCCAUUACCGUCUCAGGAGUCGGGAAGUGUGCUUUCAGACUCAGCGUGGCCGUGCUCUGCAACUGGAGUCCCAACAUUACCGUGA